AUGGAGCGGGCUGCGUCUGGGGCAAAGUCGCUCUUUCCCCAAGGGCCCAGCUUCACCCUCGACGAUUUCUCCAACCAGGACUUUGUGGUCCGCGAAUUUGUCGACAACCUCGCCGAGAACGCUGUACCUGCCAAUCGAAGGUCUGGCCCGUCACAGCCUGCCUUCGACCCAAAGCCGCUCAUUCGAACGUUUGAGAACGCCCUUUCGCAGCUUGGAUCGCUGUCCGAGGAACUCCAGGAGAAGGAAUCGGAACUUCAGUCUAACGUGCGACGAGCCGAAUCCCAGCAUGACCAGACCCUCGAUACCCUCGGCAGAAAGCUCGACCAGUCCAUGGCGUCCUUCGAGGCGCUCGAUCUGUCCCUAAAUAACCCCGCGACGAACGGCGACCGAAGCGCGAGGCAAGAAGCAGGAGGCAACAUCGCCGUACAGAUUGGAGAGAAGCUCGAAGAAUUGGACAGGAAACGAAGACGUGCCCAGGACGCCAACUUCCUCAUCCAAUGUUGGCUCGAGGUCAGCGAGACCGGCCAGCUGACGUCGCUGGAAGAGAUCCAGAGACAGGGCGGCGCUGAGAACAAGGUGCGAUGUGCCGUCAUUUCUCGCCAGCUCAUGCGCAUCAGCCAGCGCUUGGAUCCGGCAUCAUGGGGUCAGACAAACGGGACGAAUGGAUUCCGCGGGAACGGCGUAACCAAUGGCGUCACGGGAACGAGCCGCGCUCAUAAUACACGCGAGUUGUUGGAGAAGUUCUCAGAAUCACUCGAGCAGGAGCUCCUGAAGCAGUUCAACAAUAGCUACAGGCGCCAAAACUUCGACGAUAUGAUGGAGUGCUCAAAGGUGCUCUACGACUUCAACGGCGGUGCCAGCGUCAUUGCUACGUUCGUCAACCAGCACCAGUUCUUUAUCGACAGGGAUCAACUACUCUCGGACGAGGUGAUGAUGGAUGGAGAGACGUGGGAACAGAUUGCCGACCCAGAUUCAGACCCACCCGGGGUCGAGGCAAGUCUGCAGUCUCUCGUUGACGAAGUCAAGCUGGUCAUGCAGGAGGAAUCCUUCAUCAUCAAGAGGGCUUUCCCAUACUACGAGACGGUCUUGAUCAAGUUCAUCCAGAGAGUGUUCCAGCAGUCCAUUCAGCAACGACUCGAAAUGGUUCUGGACAAAGCCAACGAGGUCUCAUCCCUGGCCUUCUUGAGAUCGCUGCACUCUUCGAGGACAUACAUCAGCAGUCUUAUCGAGGAUCUCAAGACUCAUGGUCUGACAGAGCACCCAGAGCCAGCCUCUCCACAAAUUUCUCAAACGCUAGACCAACAGAUGGAAGAACUUUUUGUUCCUUACCUUGUGGGCAAUUCGUACAUUGACCGCGAGAGAAAGAGUCUCGAGGAACUGUACAGUUCGUUGCUCUUCAAGUUCACAACCUACCACUCCAAGAGAAAGAAGGCGCCUACGGGUUUCAUGGCAUCCUUGGCGCAACAGAGUUCGCAGCUCUUGUCGUCAGCCAAGGACGCAUACCUUGAGCGUCUCGAUUCGUCUGAAUUGACGGCCACACAGAAGGCUAUGAUGCUUCGUGUUGCGGGAAUUCAAGGCGACAACGAAAACAAGGAAGAAGUAGAGGUGUCGGAGGAGGAUGGUGUUCUUAGCGUGGCAAACGCAAAGAGAAUGAUGAAGUGGCUUGCCGAGUCUGUUCGAAGGACCCUUGAGCUCGGCUCUCAAGUCGAGACACCCAAGGAUGUGAACGUACUACUCAACCUGCUGCUCACGACCAUGGGCCGCGUCUAUGUCGAGACCGCUCUCGACGCAGCCUUGGACGCCGCGAGCUCCCAGGAGAACAUCAAGACGGAGCCAGAUCUUACAUAUCUCCCCUCCAUUCGCCCUGCGGUUACUAUCACCAGUAUCAUGGAGCGCUUCAUCACCACUGUCCUUAUCAAGCUGGCUGAGUCAAACACGACCGUCCGUCGUAAUAUGUCAGCGCAGACAAAAUCUGCCAUCGACGGUAUCGAGCGCAAGACCAACGCCGUCAUGCGUAGCUCCAUCGACGUCGUUACCAACUGGGUCACCCGUUCGCUUGCGAACCAAAAGAAGUUCGACUUCCGUCCACGAGACGGGGAUAUCGACUCCCUGCAAACCCCAACCUGUCUGCAAAUCAGUCAAUUCCUUUCCAGCGUGUCUCGUCACGCCUCUCAGGCUGUUGACGGCCAGAACUUGGAGGUCUGGAGCUCCGAGGUUGCCCUUGCCGUGCUGGCUCUGCUCUUUGACCACUUCAAGAAAUUCCAGGUUAACGCCACCGGAGGUCUCAUGGUCGCGCAGGAUCUAUCAAAGUACGUCUCCACCAUCAAGGAGUGGUCCCUUGCCGCCGAUGUCGAGGCCUCGGUCGAGCUCCUCACCGACAUUGGAUCGCUGUUCAUCAUUGGACCGGAGGCUCUCAAAGAAAAGUCCCGCACGCUCGCCACCGGACCCUCCGGUAUGGGCAAGAAGCUCUCCAAGGCCGACUUCAAGGCCUUUGUCCAGCGGCGCGAAGAUGCCAGUAGUGUUGGUAUCCAGAGCGUUAUCGCUGGGCUUUAA